AUGGUCAUUCGAAGGACGACCCGGUCUUCGACCACGGAGAGCACCGAUCGACAAAAGACAGCCCGGCCGACCAGCGCAGCUCCAUCCAUGAGCCUGCCCGUGCACCAGGGCGACGUGGACCAGCCGGACGGCGUGCUUGCUGCGACAAGCAAGACCAGGACAGCCUCUCCGGCCUCCCGGCACCACAGCCACAUCCGCUUCCGGAUUCGCAAAGAGGGCGACAGCGGGCGGUCUGGCUUCCACCCGCGCCACUUCUUCCGCAUCGCUUUCUGGUCGUCCAGCAAGGUGUCGGCCCUCGUCAACAUCCUGUGGCCCGUGGUGCCGGCAGCCCUUGCGUGUCGCUACGCCCUGGCCGACAGCCCGCGAAACCACCUGAUCACAUUCAUUCUGUCCUACAUCGCCAUGGUGCCGUGUGCCAACAUGAUCGGCUUUGCCGGCCAAGAGCUCGCCCACAAGGUCCCGCACGUGCUCGGCAUCCUGACCGAGACCACCGUCGGCUCCAUCGUCGAGAUCGUCCUCUUCCACGUCCUGCUCAAACGUGGUCACUAUGCCGUCAUCCAGGCUGCCAUUCUCGGCUCUAUCCUGGCCACCAUGCUGCUCUGUCUCGGCCUGUGUUUCUUCGUUGGCGGCGUCUUCCGCCACGAACAGCAGUUCAGCGAAACCGUCAGCGAGGCCGGAACCGGACUGCUGCUCACCGCCGGCUUCGGCCUGGCCGUCCCGACCGUCUUCAGCCACACGCUCACCAGCUCUGGCCUGACGACCGAAGAGCUGGCCUCCAAGACGCUCAACAUCUCGCGCGUCUCAGCCAUCCUGCUGGUCGUCUCCUAUGCCUUCUUCGUCUACUUCCAGACCCGCAGCCAUCACGGCAUCUACGAGGACGUCUUCGAGGGCGACGAGGCCUGGGUCCGCGAGCACGGCGCCCAGGAGCUCGACAGCGAUCAGUCCGACCCGCAGACCCAUGUCCAUGCUCGCUUCACCAUGACCGAGAGCAUCGCCGCCCUGUCCGUCUCGGUCGCCCUGGUCUCGCUGAUUGCCAUCUCGCUGGUCGAGGAGAUUGACUUUAUCGUUGAGCGCGGCGUGUCCGACGCCUUCAUGGGCCUCAUCCUCGUGCCGCUCGUCGAAAAGGCGGCCGAACACCUGACGGCCAUCGACGAGGCCUGGGACAACCAGAUGAACUUUGCCCUGUCGCACGUGCUGGGCGCCACGCUGCAGACGGCCAUGUUUACUGGUCCGCUCGUCGUCCUUGUCGGCUGGGGCCUGCACCGGCCCAUGGGCCUCGACUUUGAGCUCUUCGACAUUGCCGUCCUGAUCCUGGCCAUCAUCACCGUGGGCAACUUUCUGCGCGACCAGAAGAGCAACUAUCUCGAGGGCGUGCUGUGCGUCAUUGUCUAUAUCAGCAUUGCCGUGGCGGCCUUUAACUAUCCCGAAGUCAAGUCGAGCUCUAGCGAGGGAGUGGAUUGA